CCCCUCCCGGCACCCGUAGUGGGGCGGGGGUCGCGCGCGGCGGUCGGAGGUCGCAGCAAGAUGGCGGGCGUGCCGGCGGUGCGGAUCAGCAUCGAGUCGGCGUGCGAGAAGCAGGUGCAGGAGGUGGGGCUGGAUGGCAGCGAGACCUACCUGCAGCCCCUCUCCAUGUCCCAGAACCUGGCGCGCUUGGCGCAGCGCAUCGACUUCAGCCAGGGCUCCGGCUCCGAGGAGGACGAGCCGGGUUCGGCGGGACGCCCCUGGGCCGAGCCGGCUGAGGCGGAGGAUGAGGAAGGGGUGGUGAAGUUUCAGCCAUCCCUGUGGCCUUGGGAUUCAGUGAGGAACAACUUAAGAAGCGCCUUGACUGAGAUGUGUGUUCUGUACGAUGUCCUUAGUAUUGUCAAGGAUAAGAAGUUCAUGACUCUGGAUCCAGUUGUGCAGGAUCCCCUUCCUCCAAAACAGAAUCCUCAGUUCCUGCAGCUUAUUUCAAAAAAGAAGUCAUUGGCUGGAGCAGCUCAAAUCCUGUUGAAAGGUGCAGAAAGAUUAUCCAAAUCAGUGGCAGAAAACCAGGAAAAUAAGAGACAAAGAGAUUUCAACUCUGAGCUGCUAAGACUGAGACAACAUUGGAAGCUGAGAAAAGUGGGAGACAAAAUUCUUGGUGAUCUGAGCUACAGAAGUGCAGGUUCCCUUUUUCUUCAUCAUGGCACAUUUGAGGUGAUAAAGAACACUGACAUUGACUUGGAUAAAAAGAUACCUGAAGAUUACUGUCCUUUGGAUGUUCAAAUUCCAAGUGAUUUAGAAGGAUCAGCCUAUAUAAAGGUUUCUAUUCAGAAGCAAGCUCCAGACAUUGGUGACCUGGGGACAGUAAAUCUCUUUAAAAGACCCAUGCCAAAAUCAAAACCAGGUUCUCCUCACUGGCAGACGAAGUUAGAGACUGCACAGAACGUUCUUUUAUGUAAAGAAAUUUUUGCCCAGCUGUCACGAGAAGCUGUUCAAAUAAAAUCACAAAUUCCUCACAUUGUUGUGAAAAAUCAGAUCAUCUCCCAGCCUUUCCCAGGUUUGCAGCUGUCUAUUUCUCUGUGUCACUCUUCUAACGACAAAAAAUCACAGAAGUCUGCUUCUGAAAAGCAGAAUGCAGAGGAUCAUCUCUAUGUUCUGGAGCACAAUUUGCACCAGCUGAUCAGAGAGUGUCACAAGCAAACCCUGAGCUCAACAGUGAUGCCACAUCCAGCUAGUGCACCUUUUGGCCAUAAGAGAAUGAGACUUGCAGGACCCCAGGCUUUUGAUAAAAAUGAUAUCAGCUCUUUACAGUCAAAUGAAGGACUUCUGGAAAAGAUAAUAAAGCAAGCAAAACAUAUCUUUUUGAGACGCAGAACUGCUCGAACCAUUGACAGUCUGGCCAGUCGGAUUGAGGAUCCUCAGAUUCAGGCCCACUGGUCCAAUAUAAAUGAUGUUUAUGAAUCCAGUGUUAAAGUUCUAAUAACUUCUCAAGGAUACGAACAGAUAUGCAAAUCCAUUCAGCUACAGCUGAACAUUGGAGUUGAACAGAUCAGAGUUGUACAUAGAGAUGGAAGAGUUAUUACAUUGUCUCAUCAAGAGCAAGAACUGCAGGAUUUCCUUUUAUCUCAGAUGUCACAGCACCAAGUACACGCAGUUCAGCAGCUUGCAAAAGUUAUGGGAUGGCAUGUGCUGAGUUUCAGUAAUCAUGUUGGCCUGGGGCCAGUGGAGAGCAUUGGCAAUGCAUCAGCAAUAACUGUAGCAUCACCAAAUGGAGACUAUGCCAUUUCAGUACGGAAUGGUCCAGAAAGUGGCAGCAAAGUUAUGGUUCAGUUUCCACGGAGCCAGUGCAAGGAUCUCCCCAAGGGUGAUGUUCUGCAGGACAACAAGUGGAAUCACCUGAGAGGGCCUUUCAAGGAAGUGCAGUGGAAUAAAAUGGAAGGGCGUAACUUUGUGUAUAAAAUGGAACUGCUCAUGGCUGCCCUAACUCCAUGCUGAUGAACUGGCAGCCUCCUCAUGGGUACUUUGAGCAAUCCCUGCUGUGAAUGAGCACUGCUCCUGCAGCAAAGGGAAGUGGAACCUAUGGGGCAAUACAAGAAAGCAAAACCAAAUUUAUUUCCUGUACAGAUAUAUUCAUUGUAGUGUUUGUAAUAAAACUUUUUCAUUGACACAAAAUACAGCUUUUCAAGAAUGUUACUUUCAGCUGUAUCUUUAGAUUGCUCUACCUAGAGUAAUGUAACUGAAUAAUUAAUGUAUUUUCCUUUUAUAAAAUUGAAUUCAGAAGUCCUCUGCUACACAGAAAGUGUCUGCUCAGUCAUUCCCUUUCCCCUCCUGCUCCUACUUUUUCUCUAGAUCUUUACAAUCAAAAUUGGAAGAAUUGAAUUGUGCUAUUGUAAAGCCUUUUCAGUGGCUAUUGUGGGAGCUAAUGGGCUCGCUCGGUAAAUGGGACAUUAAAGGAGAAGCAGAGCUUUCUUGUCAAGAGUUAAGGCUAAAGAAAACAGAAUCCAGAAAGAGUCUUUGCUGUGUGAUAUUUUUGAGUUGGAGUUUGUACAUCAAUGUGGCUUCUGGGUGACAUUUCUUUUUGAGAGAUGCAUUUGCUGAGUGACUUGGAUUAAUGUUGUGAAGUCACAGCUUGUGGCAAACCUCUCUCUUGAUCACUAUGGAUGAGCCUGCGUGGUGUCAGAUGCUUUGCUGUGCUCACCUGUUUUUUGCAAGCAUGUAGAGGAGAGGGCCUCACUCUGCUUACACAAUUCUGACCAUUAGAGUUUAUGGGUGACUUGUGUAAAUUCAUGUCUAGAUAAAAGCAUUUUAUCUCAUUUUUUACUUUAUUUUUAUUUUACUCAUACAGUAGACCUAGGAUUUGCCCAUGUGCUCUUGUGUUGCUUUUUUUUAAUAUCCUCCUGAAGAUCAUCUCUUUUGAGUUCUUUUAAAAAAUGUUCUUUGUUGUUGUUGUAAUGGUAGCCUUCUCAAAGCUUUUAGUAAGGCAUUGCACAAAGCUUGUUUUAUUUUUUUGGCAAUUAAUUGCUGAAGGUCUUUUUGGAACCUGUGUGGAUGAACUGGUUCAGACCUAUGUCCAUAUUAUAUGCUAUGAGGUCUGUGUAUAUAUUUGUGUAUAUAUAUGAGAACUUAUUGCACAUAUAACAUGUUUGCAAUGAACACCAUAAUUCUAUGGUGGCAGUUGUUAUUUUGCUGUAUUUGCAAUAAAGAAUAGUGGUAGAAAAUGUAUAUUAAGCAACUGCUUUUGUCAAGCUGCUGCCCAGUGUGUAUCCAGAGCAGCUAUUGAACUUGGUGCUGCUGUUUGCCCAUGUAGAACACCUUCUGUUAUUUCAGUUCCUUCAAGUAUUUGCUCCUGUGCAGCUGAACUAUGAGAAAGGUUCCUUUCAGGUUCUGAAGAGUUACUCAAGACUUAUGAAAAUGAAAAAAUACUACUGAAAAGUAGUUUCUUGAUCUUGAAAGAUGGGUGUAUCUUAAGCAACCCGUGCAGCCAGGUCCCCUGGUGCUUGCCCGGCAGACGUUUCAGUUGCAGGCAGAGGGGUUUUGUUCCUUGGAGCACAGUUCGGCUGUUGGGGAAACAGUUCAGAAAUAUACAGACUGUGAGCAAUCCUGACUUAGGCCACAUUGGGUUAAUGGUUAUUGAGGCCUAGUUAGAGGCUUUCUGAAAAUGAGCUAAUGGGAAAGAGAUAACUUAAUUGGCAACAGAGGAGGAAAAUAAUUAUGUGAGAAGAAUGGUUCCAUAAGAAUGGAAUGUGUAAUUGGAAUACAAAGCCACCUGCAUGAUAUGAUGGUGUAAACAAGACUUCUCUAUAUAAGUGAGUGCAAGUUGUUAAACGAUUUCAUAUGAUCAUAUUGAUGUGCACAUGGAAUCAAUCCUUAAGCCUCCGCAGACUGUUUUCCCACAUUCAGCCAACAGCCUGAUGCUUCUGUUCGUGCAUCUGAUUAUAUGAAGCUGUUUUGAUCCUUGGUAACACGAUAGAUCUUAUACUAAUAAUUAAAAGAUAAGAACAUCACUGUUCGUUAAAUUUACAGGACUGUGUGCGUUUCUUUUUCUUCAAAGUAAUUAGAUGAAAGAGUUACUUUGUUACCAAGUAAUAGGCUCAGUGUGGAACUGUUCGGGUCUCCUAGUAACAGCAUUUGUUUUCUUCUUAAAACAAACAAUGGAUGCUCGAGGACUUGUCCUGUGUGCUGACCUGCGAAGCACUGCACAGUAGCAGUGAAUACAUAGGUCAAGGCCUUCAGGCUUAGUUCGGUUUUGCUUGUUUUUUUGUUUUUUUGUUUUUUCACCAAGCCUGGAAAGUGUCUUUUAGUGCUGAAUAUUUAGGGAUUCCUAAUUUUAAUGGAAAGCAAACUGCUUCUAGCAGUGGAACAGUCUCAGCGUUCUUGGUAGUGCAUCUUUGAACAUGAAUGCAUUAUGGAUGGUUAAGAUCCCCUGUAACUGAUUGUCAAAGCAGCCGUGUGAGUUUGGACAUUUCUACAAUUAAAAUUUCUAUAUGAAAUGCC